CCGAUUCUAUCAAAACGCUAUAAAAUUGAAACAAUGGGGGCAGUGGUUAUGGUAAAAACUAAAUUGCUAUUUUAAACCAUUUAAAAGGCUAGAAGUAGCCCGACACUUCUUUGGUAGUUCAAUAAGGGUAUUAACAUAUAAAACGAGGCAAUGAGAACUUUGUAAGUGUACAGAUUGUUUAUUAAAAAGUACAUUUUAUACACACAAUACCAUCAGUAGAUCACCCGUCGACGCCAUUGUUUUCAAGACUCGAUAAGCAGAGGUGUAUAGUAACGAAGUAGAUGUACUUCGUUACACUACUUAAGUAUUUUUUUUGAGGAUUUGUACUUUACUUGAGUUUUUUUUUUUAUCAGGACUUUUACUUUUACUUCACUACAUUUAUAAGUUAAAUAAUAUACUUUUACUUCGUUACUUUGACAUUUGCCACCUCGUUACUCGUUACAAAUUAAAACAGUCUCUGCAUGAGAUUCCGAGAGGACGAGAAGAACCACGUACGGUACUCUCGCGAAGAAGGUAUAAAUACGGGAUGCGCGCACCGCGCGGGGGCGGCAGAGAGAUCACUACAAACAUGGCAGCCGCAGAGCAUGUGGAUGAGGGAGACACAGAAGACGACGCACAGAGUUCAACAGAAGUCGACGACGGACACCCGUGGUCAUACCUGGAAAGUAUGUUCAGCUACCUCGGGAUGCGGGCAAAUUCCUACCGAAUGAAGUGCAUGUUAUGCCUUCCGAAGUGCCACGAAAUAAAGGCCUUCAAAAGCUCCCCGUCCAACCUCAAAAAACACAUCCAAGUAAGUGCAUUAAGUAAGCAAUGUCAUUUCAUGUGGCAGGAGGGAUAUACAAAUGUGUAAAACAUAGUUUUAGCUAACAUUACAGGCAAGUUGCUAACGUAACGACGUGCUAGCAUGGUUGCGUGCUAGUAGCAAGUUGCUAACGCUAUGUGCUAACGUUAGCAACUUGCCCGUAUCACACGUGUGGUGGUGUCGUGGACAAAUAAACCUACGCCACACACACACGCACGCAUGCACACAAGUGUUAUGCAGGAGUGUCAAUAAACAGGGUUAGCAUCUCGAACGAGGCAGUUUUCCUCCUGCAUGAUACAUUUUUAAUAUCAAGUGCUUCACUUGUUUUUUUAAUGAAAAAUACACAAAUAAAUCAUACAAAAUCUGUAACUUGGAAGUUAAGCAAUAGGCUAUUGAAAAUGUGCCUGUUUGUUCAUAGGAACUGUAGUAAAAUGGCAUGCUGUUCAUUAAAAUAGCUUUGUGUUUGUUUUUUUAAAUUGUAUUUGUUGUACAGCAAUUAGAUAUCCAAGCUCAGUGUCCUGUAUGAUGUUUUAGCUUUAAAUUAUUUGGUAUUUUUGAAAGAUAAAAUAUAGUUGACAGUUGAGCAACAUUUCUUUUUUUUUAUUAAUGUUGGACAUGCCCACAAACGGGACAUCAGGGUGAAAGGGGUUAGAAAUCCAGACCUGUCAUUGUGGUAACUGUUGAAUGAUGUCUUGAGUAUCAUUUGAACUAAUAUUAUUAUUUCUUUUAAUUUUGUGUUUUUCAUGUAGAGAGCACAUCCACAACAUCUAAAGAAAUAUGAGCAGCUGACCUCACAAAAAAGAAAGAGGGCUUCGGAAGCUGGGACCUCCACCCUCAAACAGACCACGUUGCUGGCUACCCGAUCCAUAUCUCAGAGUGCUGUUGACAGGGCCAUUGUUAAGUAUGUUGUCAACAAUCUCCAGCCAUUGUCAACUGUCGAGAACGAAGCCUUCAGAGAGCUUCUCACAGAUCUUCUUCCUACUGCCAAAGUCAUCACACGGGUCACCCUGCGAUCAAGGAUUGAAGAUUUAGCAAAGUCUAUGAAAAACGUGUUAACUGAGGAGAUGAGUAAAGUGGACCACAUCGCCACCACUACAGAUUGCUGGUCAGUUAGGAGAAGGAGCUUCCUUGGUGUGACUGCUCAUUGGGUGAACUCUACAGACCUAACUAGACGAUCAGCAGCCCUAGCUUGCAGACAGCUAAGAGGUUCCCACACCUUUGAUGUUUUGGCCACCGCACUCAAUGACAUCCAUACUGAAUAUGGCAUCAGGAACAAAGUUGUGAGGACAACAACCGAUAAUGGCUCCAACUUCCUGAAGGCUUUUCAAGUUUUUAGUGUGGACAAAAACAAUAAUGAAGCAGAAGAGAAAGAGGAUGAGGAAGGGAAUGAGAUGGAGGGAGUGGAAUUUGUUGACAUGACUUCAAUCCUUGUUGAGAAUGAUGGCUUUGAGUUUGAGCUUCCGAAACAUCAACGAUGUGCUUGUCAUCUGCUCAACUUGGUGUCUACAGUUGAUGCUGAAAAAGCAACAGCCAACGAUGGAUACAAAAAACUGCAACGCUCAACAUUCAGCAAGUGUUAUGGGCUGUGGAAUAAGUGUGGAAGAUCCUGCCAAGCAGCUGAAGCUGUGGAAGAUGCCUGCUCCCUCCAGCUGCUACGACCAAACGCCACCAGGUGGAACUCAAUGUUUAUGGCUGUGGAAAGGCUCCUCAAGAUUCUGAGAGAGAAGGGAGAGCCAGCUUUGAGAGAGAUCUGUGCAGAAUUGAAGGUUUCAUCCAGUUGAGCUCACUUUCCUAAAAGAGUACUACACCACCAUGAGCCCUGUUGCCCAGUCCAUCAACAUCCUCCAAGGAGAAGUGGAAGUCCAGAUGGGAUGGCUUCUUCCGACUAUUUCCUUGCUGAGCAGCAAACUGGAAAAAAUAAAGAUUGCACUGAAGCACUGCAAGCCGCUGGUUGAAGCCAUUCAAGUGGGCAUCCAGAACCGUUUUGGUGAAAUGUCAAGAGACCCUGAAUUGGUUGCUGCAGCGAUUCUCAUCCCAAAAUUCAAAACGGCCUGGAUCAAAGAUGAUGCUACACUGAAAAACGGGUUGGACUACAUCAGGGAGCAGUUGGAGGAUCCUUCUAUUUCAGCAGAGGCUGGAUCUGGCUCAUCUGAUGAGGGAGACUUCUUCCACAUCCUGAAAAGUUCCCACAAAACACCAAGCGCCACCAAGCAGCUUGAUUCGUACCUGGCCUACUCAACAGACGACAUCAAGAUUCUCAAGACGUUUCCUGUGGUUCUCAAGUUGUCUGUCAAACUCAACACACCUCUGCCUGCUUCUGCAGCUUGCGAAAGGCUGUUCAGCAUAGCAGGUCUCAUCUUCAGCCCAAAAAGAGCACGGCUAGCUGCAGACACUUUUGAAAAUCAGCUUCUGCUGAGGAUGAACCGCAAGUUCAACUUCUCCACUUGAACCAGAAAGUUUGUUUGUGUGGUGUUACUGUGCCUCAGCUCAUGAGGAUUCCCCCAACAUAGUUAAAAAGUGGUUCUUAUGUUAAAGACAUUGUUUAUUUUUGAGUGGUAUUCUAUACCACAUUUCAUUCACCUGAAAAAGUGAAAUAAAAAACAAGGGGAGAAUAAUUUUGGGUUGUUUUGCUUCCUUUCAUGCGUACUAUAAAAUACUUGUACUUGUACUUUUGAUACUUGAGUAUAUUUUUUCACAAGAUACUUUUGAUACUUAAGUACAUUUAAUGUGAGCUACUUUAAGACUUUUACUCAAGUACAUUUUUUUUAGGUGACUUUAACUUUUACCAAAGUAAUUUUCAG